AUGCAUGAAGACAUGCAGUACGUUUAGAAAGAUAAAAUACCUUCAAUCAAAAAAAUAGCAUCUAAAUCAGAAAAAUAUGUUUAAUAGGAGCAAUUAUAGUAAGUUCAUAUGUCUAAAGAGUCUAUGGUCAAUAAUCCUGAGGAAAUUGAAGAAGGACCUACUUUAGCCUUGCUCUUAAUUGGAAAUGUUGGCUUCAAAAAUAUGACUUAUUUAAACAAAAAAUAUAAAAAAAACUAGCAUAAAGAAACUGAGAUUUCGGAUUCAAGUGAUUUUUCAGAAGAGGAAGUAGAAGUUGCGGAAGAAAAAAAUAAGUUGAUUGCAUAAGAUGCUAACUUUUCUGAAUAUGAUAAAAAGAAUAAAGAUCUAGAGGAAAUCUUUUUUUAAACUGAAGUAGUGCAAUAAGAAAAUGAAAUGGAAGAAUUACCUAUAGCAGCGAAGUCAUAUUCUUCAGUUUAAAACUCUUAAAACAUUGAAUCCCGUCAAUAAUAGAAUGAUAAAUAAUCACAAAAUUCACCUUCAAAUGCUUUUGAUAAAUAACAAACAAUACAAAGUCUUAAAGAAUAUAGUUAAAAGUUUAAAAAUAGUACUUUGCUUAUCUCCAAAUCUGAAUACAGAAAUUCAAAUCCAAUUUCUAUAAAAAGUUAGCUAAUAAAUAGGUAAUCCACUAAUUUGGCUAGCAAUUUGUAUGUAAGAAAUAGUUCAACUGUUGCUUAAGUAUAAAGCAACACAUAAGCCUCACCUAUUAAUCAUUUAUAGCAAUAGACCACAAUAGCUGAAGACAAACCUUUUCAAACCUCAAAAAAAAAAAAGAAAUUUAGCUCAUAGCCUCAUAAAUUAAAAUUCAGGUGGUUAUUUUUUUUAGAAUUUCUUUUGUAUCAUAUAUUGUACUAUUGCUUUGUUGGACCUGUUUCAGUAUUGAUAAUAGUAUAUGCUUUUAAAUAAAACUUGGCAGUUUGUCAUAAUAUGGGUUUUGUUGGAUUUAGCUUUAUUAGCAUUUACUAAGCAUUCUAGUUUAUAUUUUAUGUGAUCAGUAUACUAAUAUACUUCAAUAUCCCAAAAGCCUUGUAAAGCGACUACCUUAUUUUUUUCCUAUCAUUUCUAUAUAUUUAUAUCAUCAAAAUCCUCGUUAUGACUCUUAAAUAUGGAUUUUAUACGCAUAGCAAAAUGAAGGAAAUAAAGUCUAAAUUACUGAAAGAUGAUUAUAUAAAAGAGUCUAUAUUUGGAGGAUGGUUAUAUUAAACAGAAGAGAUAAUAAAAGAAGAAAUUGAAAAUGCCAAGCUACGUUUGGAAGUUGAAUCUAGUUCUUUUUAUUUUGAAUUUAUGUCUAAACCUACGACUUAAUAAUUUUAAAAACUGCUUGCUCCAGAGCGCAAGAAGCAAAUUCUGACUCAUAAUGGAAACAAAUUUGAUAUAACUUAGCUACCUUAUGGGAUAAAUCUUUUAGUGGAAUACAUAAAAUACUACAGUAAUUAGUUUCCUACAAAUUGGAUUAAGAAAGUAUCAUAUUCUAUUUCAUUUGUAAGACAAGUAUAUUUCAUUUAUGUGAAAGUCUAAUGCGUUAUGUAGGCAGAAAAUAAUGUCAUGAACUUAGCCAAUUUAAUUGCUGUCAAUAUUUUUUUUGCUUUCUUUGAGUUCACCUUUUGGGGAUAGAUCAUUAGCAUCCUUUUAAUUUAUUUUAAUGACUUAAGAAGAAAGGUGUUCAUUUUAAAUUAAAUGAGUCACUUGAUCUCUCCGAAAAGAGUUGAAAUUGAAUUAGAAGGAACCAAAAAACUUUAUCCUACAUUAGAACUCAUUUGUUCUAUUUCUUUAAGAACAUGGGCCUAACUUCGGAAAAUGACUUUAGACUACGGAGAAAAAUUUUCACAAAGAAUUUAAAUUCUAGUUAGUAUUUUUAUAAGCUUCUUCAUAAUCAUAAUAGUAAUCUACCUCUUGCAACGCUUUGAAGUGAUUAACUUUUUCAAUAUAGAGAAUAAUGUUGCUUAUCUUUAUAUAUUUGACAUAAUAUGCAUUGUCAUGAUUAUCAUUAAAUGUGUUUUUAUGGGAGGCAAAAUAAAUGAACAUUUUAGCAUCCACAUACAAAAAUUAUAUGCAAAUUAGUUAAACUUUGUAGAGUUACUUAGCAAAUACGAUUUGUGGUUUUAAGACGAUUAUGUUAUAACAAACCCUUGUUUUAGAAGAUUAAUUGAAGAUUAUCAAAGGUCUAAAAUAUCAUACAAUUUCUCAGAUAAAUAGCUAAAAAAGUUAAUCAAAGAUAACAUUUAAUUAUGUAAAAUGCAAAUUUUAGACAUUAACAUUUAAAGCAGAGAUAAUCCUUACAAAGUUUUUGGAGUCGCUAUGACUCAGUAGUUAGGUUUCACCAUUCUAACAGCUCUUAUUUCUCUUAUUGGUUCUUUAUUUAUUAAACUUGUAUACUCAAAUCCAUCAGCAAUUAAUCUAACCCUUUGA